CGAAUAGCUGACUGUGAUGUGUAUUAACACUGGCACUAUCUGUCUGGCAGUGUGUUGACGAAUGACGGAGAAGACAGCAAAAACAAUGGCAACUCCAUUCAGAUCACUUGUGGAAGAUUAUCCGAGAUACCUCAAAUCUUUCCAACUCUUUCUGGAACGCUCAUCAGAGCACCAGUGCAUGCAGGAAUUCAUUCAUAACACUCUACCAGACAUACUGGCAAGCAUUGGUGGGGGGAGACCCAUGUUUAAUGUAAUGGGAGUUGGGAGUGGAGCAGGUGAGAUUGAUCUAGAGAUGUUAGCUCAGCUUCGCCUGAAACAUCCUCAUGUCAAAGUUGACAAUGAAGUGGUGGAACCAAGCAUUGACAUGCUGCACAAGUAUAAAGUUCGGGUGUCAACAACUCCAAAUCUUGAUUACAUCAACUUUAAAUGGAAUAAGAUGACAGCAUCUGAAUUCGAAAAACACUGGCAAGAGAAAAACCUUGGGAAAAAGAUUUUCGACUUUAUUCACAUGAUACAGAUGCUAUACUAUGUCAAAGAUCCAGAGGCCACCGUCUCAUUUUUUCGAAGUCUGUUAGACAAAGAUGGAAAACUCUUAAUCAUUCUGGUGUCAGGUGAAAGUGGAUGGGGAAAGUUAUGGAGGACCUUCAGAGCCCAACUUUGUAACACAGAGAUCAGCCAGUGUGUCACUACAGGAGAUAUAAAGAGUUUCUUAGAUGCUAACGGCAUUCUCUACCGUAACUAUGAGCUUCUGUCCCAGAUGGACAUCACAGAGUGCUUCACAGAGGGAGAUGAGGUGGGAGAACUGCUGCUGGAUUUCCUAACUGAGGUGAUAGAGUUCAGUAAAAAUGCUCCUGAAGAGCUUAAAAAAGGAGUGUUGGACUUACUGAGACAUCCUGACUGCAGUAAAGAGGUGGAUGGUAGGAUAAUUUUCAACAACAACCUAGGAGUCCUAGUGGUUGAGCCGUAGCUCCAAGAUUAUUUAAUAUCUCACCAACUGAGGAGUUCUGAUGUUAGUAAGCAGUCUCAUGGAAGUUAUUUUAAAUGCUUUAUUCUGUAUUGAUCUCAACAGAGACACAAGAUGUGAUUUUAUUAUAACAUUAAGAAAUGUUUGGUUUAUUGACAAGCCUUAACCUACUGUCACAUCAUUCAAUCAACAUUCAGUGUUUAUUGAAAUACACUGCGACAUAGGUAGCUUGAUGGGACACCAAAUGAUGACAACAUUUCUACUGAAUUGAUACAGUAUUGUUAUGGGUGAACUGACAGGAAAAGGAAAACCGUGUAGAACAAUGCAUAGUUUAACCUGCAGCUACAUCAAAUAAUUGAAAUAAUGGUCAGUGUAGGUGAUGGAUCACAAAGGGAGUUGUGUGACCCUUUAUCGAAAACUCCAGUAUGAGUAAAUAUAUACGUACUUGGUAAAACAGAUAUAACUUGAACUAGCUGUAAUGGACAAACUCUGUGCUACUGACUCACUCAAUAAUAGUAUCUUUAUGAUGAAAGAGAUGAGAUUGUUUGGUGGCUAGUAGUGCUGUUUUGACCUCUUACCUCUUUUAUCUUUGGAAAGGAGUUUAAUACCUAACCAGACAGGACAAAGGUUGGGUACAUGUAUACAUUUCAAGGUAAACGAUAGCCUGACUACAAGCACUGUACUUGAAAUUACAUUCAAACAGCCAACGUAUGUGUAAUUUACACUGUAAUCAAACAGCUCCUAAUUCAUUAUAGCUUCUACUUGUUAGUAAUGCUACAUUCUGUUUUCUAAAUUGCUGUCUAUUUAUCCAAGUUUUAUUUGGUUGCUGCAUGUAACAGGCUUGUUAAGUUAACACUGCCUUCCCUUUGUGUUUGAUUACAGUAUUUUUUG